AUGCCUCGAAUUAAAACAAACAGAACCAAAAAGGCACCAGAAGGGUUCGACAAGAUAUCCAACACGCUGGAUGAGUUUGCCAUUCAGCUCAAAGAAGUCCAAAACCAAAAGGGGUCAAAACUCUCCAGUAAAGACACUGAGUCAACGUGGCGAGUGUUCCAAAUACAUCACGAGAGAAGCAGGUACAUAUAUACUCUAUACUAUAAACGCAAAGCUAUUUCAAAGGAACUCUACGAGUGGCUCCUAAGAGAAAAAUACGCAGACAAGUUAUUGAUUGCAAAAUGGAAGAAAAAGGGCUACGAGAAUUUAUGCUGCUUAAACUGUAUUCAGUCCGACAAAACGGUGAAUGGGAAGACGUGCAUAUGUAGAGUACCAAGAGCAACUCUAAAAGACACAGCUGCUAAGAACAACGAGCCUGUCACUUUCCAGCAAUGCGUACAUUGUGGUUGCUCCGGAUGCGCAUCCACAGACUAA